AUGUACUUCAAAGUUAUCUGUAUCGCCGGCGUCUUGGCGCUAGCCGCCGCGCAGCACGGCCACGGCCACGGUCAAGGUCACGAGCACGGCCAUGCCUUUUCGUCACAGAGCAUCGUGCUGCACGCGGGACACGAGCAACACCAUGUGCCUACGCACCACCACGACCAACAAGACCACCACUACCACCACCAACAAGACCACCACCACCACCAACAAGACCACCACCACCAGCAAGACCACCAUCACGUAGACUACUAUGCUCAUCCGAAAUACGCAUUUGAGUACAAAGUGGAGGACCCUCACACUGGCGACAAGAAGUACCAGCACGAGACUCGCGACGGCGAUGUAGUAAAAGGCGAGUACAGUCUGCACGAGGCCGACGGCACCAUCAGGAUCGUGAAGUAUUUCGCCGACAAACACAGCGGAUUCAACGCUGAAGUGCAUCGCGAAGGUCAUUCCCAACACAUCGUACCUGAACACCACCAUCAUCACGAACACCAUUAA